GCAGUAACCAGCGCCGAUGUUAGCGCGAUCCCAAAAGGGCAACACCCGGGGUAAUCGUCCGGCGUUUGGCCUCGGCGAUCUUGUCAAGUUAAUUUAGCCUAAAUUACUCAGACCGUACAAGGACCGCCCAAACGCCCGUCUUUCGGGUUAUACAAUCGCCGCAUCACAUAUUCAUCUUGGUGGCAUGACUGAUGUGGUAGCGUGCCCGCAAGGCCCAAGACCUAAGGCGGUGUAUAGCCGCCGAAGUCAUAGAGAUCUAUGGAGCAGAUUCACACGAGGUUGGGGGCAUCCUUAGCGUCUUCCGGGUGUCCGAAUACAAUACGAAGCAUACACAGCAAACAUGUUUAUUAAAUGGUUGAAAGGGGAGGCAUGGAAAGAAUAUAAAAAGAGGCUCUUUUCCCUAUAAUGCCCUUGAAUUGACUUACCAACCCACCGAAUUCAAGAUCUACCGGCAGAAAAACAAGCAGAAUGGUUUCGUUUACAUCCAUCUACUUGGCGGCAACUGUUCUGGUUGGAGCUGUCACCGCCCUGCCUGCGCCAGUGAACGGCACAAGUGAUCUCCAGGAACUCCACGACCGGGCUAUCACCUCGUCUCAGACCGGCUAUCACGGCGGCUAUUACUAUAGCUUCUGGACCGAUGGCGGCGGUUCCGUUUCCUACGAUAAUUGGGAUGCCGGAACUUACCAUGUAGAGUGGAGAAACGUUGGCAACUGGGUUGGCGGCAAGGGUUGGUCUACAGGUAGCACCAGGAACAUCAACUUCGGUGGUUCCUACAACCCAAGUGGUAACAGCUAUCUUGCUGUCUAUGGGUGGACGCAGGGCCCUCUGAUUGAGUAUUACAUUGUUGAGAACUUUGGAACCUACAACCCUGGUUCUGGCGGCACGCACCUAGGAACCGUGUACAGUGACGGCUCCAACUACGACAUCUAUUCGGCGUGGCGAAACAACGCACCUUCGAUUGAAGGAACCUCUACUUUCCAGCAAUUCUGGUCUGUUCGCCAGCAGAAGCGCAGCCAGGGCACCGUAACUACUGCCAACCACUUCAACGCUUGGGCCCAGAAGGGUCUCAGACUUGGUAGACACAACUACCAAAUCAUGGCUACAGAGGGCUAUCAGAGCAGCGGAUCUGUUACUAUGACCAUUUCUUAAACGCUUGAGUAUCGGGUCCUAUUACUGUGC